AUGUCUUUUGAUAUUGAUAGUGACAGCGACAAAGAAGCGGCUAAGUCGAAAGCCAACCUAGCAGAGGGCGAGGACGCCCUAGAUUGGCUGAAGCCGCGUACGCUCAUCAAACCUGACGACCAGGAGGACAUUCCAGAAGCUGACCUUGACGAGGAUGUUGGCCGAGUUCUGACGCAGAUCAACCCGCAGUGGGUUGCCGAUGAAGUAGCCUACCACUACGGAAGGAACAUGUUCACCUUCAAACCAAAGCCAACCUUUGGCAAGGCGUUCCCACUGUUCAUCUAUCAGGGCACCGCUAUUCGUAAGGAUUCCGACGAGGCUAAACAACAAAUUGCUGCCGGUUACGGUAUGGUGGGCUUCGACGACGCCGGACCAAAGCGCGCAAAGGUUAAGAAGACAACGGAAGACGCAGAGGAGGAGGAGGAACCCGAGGCGGAGGCGCCGCCGCCCGCCGGCGAGGAGGCCAAAGUCGAAGAGGAGCAAAAGCCGGAGGAGGAAAAGCAAGAUCAAGCGGCGGAAGCGGUAGAGGGCGAGCAACAAGGAGAGGGCGCUGCCGAGGAAGCCGAGCCGGAAGAGGCGGAGGCAGGGGGCGAAGCCCCCGGCGGCGGUGAUGAGGAGAUCGUCAUCAGGCCGCGCGUCAAGAAGCUGGCCAACCAGUUCAACUUCUGCGAGCGGGCUGCUCUCACCUUCAACAACCCGAGACGUUCAGUCGAAACCCAAACGAUCCCUCCUGCGCGAGCGAACUUCAGCGGCGUGGCCUUACAGAGCAUCAUUUUCGAUUACUACCAAGAGGACUACGCCAGGAAACUGAAGGAGAAGGAAGAUGAGAAACCCAAGAGAUUGCGGAAGAAAGCAGCCAAGCACGCGAAGUCCGCGCAGCAGAUCCACGACGAGCAACUCGCACAGCGCGUGCGCGAGGCGUGGGCCGUGCUCGAGCGCCUCGUCAACCAGAACAUCUAUGACGACAUUGCUCAAGACUACCGCUACUGGGACGACCCAUCAGACGAGUUCCGCGAAGGCAUGGGCUCUCUGCUGCCGCUGUGGAAGUUCCAGUACGAACCUAUGCGCAGCCACGCGGUCUGUGACGUCGCUUGGAACCCGCACUAUCAAGAUUUAUUUGCCGUCGCUUAUGGUUCCUUGGAUUUUACUAACCAACAAAACGAGGGAUGCCUCUGCAUGUACAGUAUCAAGAAUCCCGCAUACCCUGAGUAUGCAGUCGUUACCGAAUCACCGCUCAUUUGCCUCGAUGUUUACCAUGAGACGCCUUACCUUAUUUGCGUCGGCCGCUACGAUGGUAAUGUGUGCGUUUACAACGCUCAAUUGACGUUGGAGUCUUCUUACCAGUACAAAUCGGAUUCCGUUAAAGACAAACACAGCAGCAUUGUAUGGGAGAUCCGCUGGGGUCCCCGCCUGCUUGACGGCGAGGCUUCUUUCUUCUCAAUCUCCGGGGACGGUCGCGUGGUGCAGUGGGCAGUGAUGCCGGGCGAGCUGCAGGCUACAACCAUUAUUACGCUGCAGUCGCCUGUCGCCCCUAUACCUGGACCCGACGGGACCAUGCUCACCGUUAACAGUUGCGGCAGCUGUAUCUGCUUCCACCCCGAGAAACACGAGAUUUUCAUGGUGGGGACGGAAGACGGCAUGAUCCAUACUUGCUCCUUGAAAUAUAAUCGCAACUACGUGCGCUCAAUACAGGCCCACCAUAUGCCGGUGUACAGAAUCAACUACAACUACUUCAAUAAUAGCAUUUACGCGUCUUGCUCUGGCGAUUGGAGGGUAAAGAUAUGGGAAGAUGGAAGAGAUGAACCCCUGUUCAUGUUCGAACUGGGUGCUGCGGUAGGCGACGUGAAGUGGGCGCCCUACUCCAGCACCGUCUUCGCGGCGUGCACUGCCGAGGGAAAAGUGUACGUGUACGACUUGAACGUAAACAAAUAUCGGCCAAUUUGCAUCCAAGCCGUGGUCUAAAAGACGAAGAAAUUGACGCGACUGGACUUCAAUUCACGACUGCCGGUCAUCGUCUGCGGCGACACUAAGGGAACCUGUCACGUGUUAAAACUGUCACCGAAUUUACGAGUCAUGUGCAAGCCACCUAAGAAAGCAACUGGCGUUGACCAGAGAACACUUCAGAUAAUGAAGUUGGACAAGCUGCUGACCCUAGUUCGCGAUCCGCCUUAUAAAGUCGGAGUUGUGGAUGAGAAAUUUGAAGACGACUAAAAAUUUACUAUACCUUUUACAAAUUAUUUACGAUAUUAUUAGCUAUAAAACUAUUUAUAUUACAAAUAAAACUCCA